AUGCGCCCCAUGCGCCUUCUCCCCUCGCAUGUGGUGCAUGUGGUGCUGCUGGUGCCCUCUCUUGCCUCUGAAUCCUUUCAGCAAAGUGUGACGCCAGUGUCAGCGCCUUCCAUGCUCAAUUCUACAGAUGUCCUUGUAAAGUCAGUUGUGCUUUUUCAAAUAGGGACCGCGCCUAGCAGACUAAAUCCGAAUGUGUCCAAGCUGAUGCCACAGAGGAAGGGAUCAGCUUUGGGUGCUGUUCUUCCAAAAGCUCCAGAACAUGUGAACCUUCUCGGAAUGCUGGCGCAGAUGUCCCGCAAAGUUGCCACGGCACUUGGGGUCACGGACAUUAUCAGCUUGUGCGUUCUGGGACUUGUCGUGCUUCUCGCCCUCUAUUUUGUUUGGGGUGGAAGUGUAGAUUCGUUGAAAGAAAAUCCUUAUGGAGAGCUCAAGCAAACUGGAGAGCGUGCAGGACGAGAAGCCAAAGAUAAAUUCAACCAAUGGAAGGCACAACAAGGACAGGCUUCGCCUGGUGGUCAGUUUGCGGAGGCUGAAAAGAUCAAUGCAAUCAACAGCAGAAGGGCUGAACUCCUCCAAGAGCAAAAGGCUUUGGCGAAGGGGCUGCGACGCCUGGUUGGCGAGGACAUCGUUGUGCAGAGAGGCAAUGUGAAGGCACAGCAAGUGGCAGUCAAGAAGUCUCGCCAACUCUUUGCGCCCAUGGACUGUCGGCACACCAAGCUCCCCAGUGAAGAGUCGGAUGGGUUGCCGCAAGCCUUGCAGAAUGUCCUGCGGGUGUCCCAAGAGCUGGACGCCUUGCAGAAAGAGGUCCACCAGCUCCAAAAGGCUGAAAGGCACGAGCAGCAGCAUGGAACGGAGGCGGUCGCUGUCAACACAUUGCAUGACUGGUUUGGCAGAUAUGGUGAACCUCACCGGCAAUCUCAACCAAUUGAAAUGGCACGCUCCUGCAUUAUGAAGCCACGGAGGCUUCCUUUCCUAGGUACGUCCAACGCCGUCGCCUUGAGAAAGGGCCACCUCAUCAAAUGA